CGCACACAUGCAUGUUCAUAGCUACGAGAAGAGCUCCCUAAACUUUUUAUUUUUUGUUAUAAAUAAACAACCUACAUUCACAAAUUUAUUACAUCAAUCUCAAUUUCUCAUAACAAGAACAAAUAAAUAUGGCAGAACCACCAAGGAGAAGACAACGUCCUGAUAGUACAAAGAUGUGGGAGGAAAGCGAAAAGCAUGGUCCUGCUAGAGAUCGAGAUGAGAAAAAUGACCGAGGUGAUCGACGUGAUGAUAGAAAGCGCAAUCAUGAUCGCACUCGCAGAGAUAGGAGUAGAUCACCGCGCGAAUCGAGGGAUCAUAGACGCCCUUCAUAUAGGGAUCGGGAUCGGGAACGAGAACGAGACCGCGGUGGCCGGAGAGAUGAUCGAGAUGGGCGCGACAGUGACAGAAAUAGGGACCAUCGAGAGAGGAAUAAUGAGAGAUCAGGUAGAAAAGAAGGUCCCCGAACAGAUGUGCCAGAUAGGACCAGAGGUGAGUUUAUGCCAGAUGCGCUUUCGCAGACGGUGUUUACAUUGAGAGGCAGACCUAACAUUCGUAAAGAGGAUAUUCGACAAUCUCGAGAGGAGGAUGAGGAUAGAAAUGGUAGAAAAGGUAUGUUUUCACCAGAUUCGGAGCAGGAUAGAACAGCAAUACUUCCAAUUAGAACCUUGUCUAAUAUACAUCAAGACAAUGAGCGGUCAUCGGGAGAGAAGUCAAGUGAACGAGCAAGGUCGAGGAGUCCGCUGCGCGAUGAGGAACGAGGUUACAGGAAAGAUAGAGGUAGUGAUGAGACUUCACGGAGGAGCGAAUAUACGGAUGAUCGAAUUACUCCACAGCCAGUAAGCUUCAGUAUCGGGGCUGGUCACACAACUACAGGUCAAGAUCACGAUCGGAUGGAUAUUGAUGGUGGAAACAAGAAGAGAAAAUCACAAGCCAAGAAGAAGAUUGAGGAAGAAGAAGAGGAAGAGGACGAUGAUAUUGUGGUUGAGGAUGAUGGAAUGGCUGCUAUGCAAGCAAUGAUGGGAUUUGGAGGAUUCGGAACUACGCAAAACAAGCAGGUGCCGGGAAAUAAUGUUAGUGCUGUGCGAAAGGAGAAGAAGACAGAGUAUCGACAAUACAUGAAUCGGGUUGGAGGAUUCAAUAGACCUUUGAGUCCAAGUAGGGAUUAAUUGAGAGGAGUGGAGUGUAAGAAUAGGUUGUGGUAGACAGGGCAGGUGAGGGGUUGCAUGUUUAAGAGGGGAAGGCUGUACAAGUUGGCAGAGUGGUGGAUCCAGUUGUUGGAUUGGCGGAUUGUCAUGUUGAUAUGUUACAUGGCCAAAUGAUAUCCGGAGAGUCAUCUUCCUUAAUUAUUAACAUUUUCUAGCCAUUCUCCAUUAGGAAGAGGAUAAAUACCCAGGAACAUUUUCCCGAUUGCCGGAAACAUAAUUCAAUUUAUCCGUUACUCUCGGCC